GUCACCGCGGGCGGAAGGGGAGCGUCUGCGUGACACGCACAAACCUCCCCGGCUCCCCGCUGCUCCUGGGCGCUUCCAGUCGCUGCCGGCAUGGGGAACAUAACUUGUGUUCCUCAGGCACCUGGGAGGCUCAGAGGCUCUUUCAGAAGGAAGCCUUCGCUGAAGAAAGAACAAAAUGGCAAGAAAAAACUGCCCAGCUUUUUUGGUAUAGAAGGGGAGCGGGAGAGGGAUACGACCACAGACAAAAUCCUGCAGUAUAUUCCAGGAAAGAGUAUUCAGAACCAGGAAAACCAGAAAGAAAACUUGGACCAGAGGUUCCCCAGCCUGUUCAAGAAGGGACGAAGGAAAACGGUUGUCAGGAAUCUGGGGAAAAUGAUCUAUUACUCCAAGGUCAAGUUUAAGUUUCAGCACUGCCAGGAGGUGAAUGACUGCUUCUUGGAGCUGUUCCAGUCUUACCUGUACUUCCAGUCUAUGGGCUCCAGCGGACUCACCUACCAGGGACUGCUGCCUUUAAAAGAGCUGAAUGUGUGUGAAAUUGAGAAUGGGAAGAGCACCGGGCAGGAGGAUCACGCUUUCCGCAUUGCAGGUCCUCUGCUGAAUCCUCUUAUUGUGUUCUGCCCUACUGAGUCAGAGCUGAAGCAGUGGCUUUACCACCUGGAGAAACAGAUCCAGCUAAAUGGAGGAAGCCUUGGCUUGCCCUUCCUCUCUCAGAACGACUGGAAGCAGAGCUCCAUGGGGAAGGAGGAGCUGCGGUGGUCCGUGCAGAACAUGCCUGUCCAGGAGUGGAGAGGGACCCAGCGGGAAUCCCUAGGCGAUGUCCUCUGUGUUUCCAAAGUGAAGCUUCAGCAUCUGCCUUUCCAGGAGCAGCAUGACCGGCUGUUGGUGCUUUACCCGUCCACACUGGUGAUAGUAUCUGAAGAGCGCAACAGCCUCUGUUUUAAGGGCGAGCUGCCACUCAACGCCAUCCAAGUGCUUUUUGAAGAGAAUGAGAAAACCUCCUUUUUAAUAGAAGGCCGACUAAUCAAUUCAAUCCGGGUGAUCUGCCGCAGCUAUGAUGAUUACCAGGAGUGGCUCUACUGUCUCAAAACAGCCCAGUUUCGAAACGCCGACUCCUCCCUCUCUGGAUCAGAGAGUUUCUCAGGAUCAAAGCUGCCACACCCGGGCCAGUUUGCUGGCAGCGGGAGAGGGUCGCUCACUUCUGAUGGCCGUACAAACUCUUGGGCAUCGGGAGGGAGAGUGGCCACCUUAACACACCUCUCCCAGAACAGCGGCUCUCUCCCUGAUGGACAGUCCUUCGUGCUGAUGCCUGAGAGCAGGGUGCUCGAAGACCCCCUCUCCCCUGGCUAUUCCCAGCCUCUCCACUGCCUGGCGCAGGCCAGCUGGCCAAGUACGGGGCUGCCCGCACAGGACCUGCGGAGGGGGGGCAGCGCCAGAAAGUCCAAGGGCAAAUGUGGGCCUUGUGGCCAGCAGCUGCCCAGCCAGGACACGGAGAGGACCAUCUGCAGCCUCAUUCCUGAAAACCCCAACGGCGAGCUCCUGUCCUCGGUGUACAACGAGCCAUACUCCGCACACAGCUCGCAGCAUCACCCUGCAGCUCCCCCGCCACACCUGGACCUGAGCAACCUGAACAGAUGGAGCUUGGUGGGAAGUCAGCCCUCGACAGCUUCCAGCUCCCUGGAGAAGCCGACCAUGCCCCGCUCCCCCUUGUACGCUGACCCCUAUAUGCCCAGCUCCCCCAGCGCUCGCAGCGUGGCAGGCUCCAGCUUCCUGGAAGAGUUCCUGCAGUGUCACGGACAGACAGGUUCAGCACAGGCGAACGGAUGCCCAGCCCUCCCGGUAUCCCAGCAUCUCUCUCUGCAGAAGAGGAAUUGCCAGCCCCUGCCCAGCAGUCACUGCAGAGAGGUGCCUGCGGCUCCGAGUUACAGCACCCCUGGCACCUCAUGCCGUCUCCAGCUGCGGCCUCCUCCUGAUGCUUCUUAUCUUGAAGAUGUCUCUUCUCUGCGAGAGGAACAUCUGGGCCCUUCAUUGCAGCCACCAGAUGGGAAUUUUGGCACUUACGACCUGCCAGAGGCCAGCUGCCCACACCGCGACUCCGCAGCCUACCACGACUAUGCUGAGCUCCAGAGCUUCCAGAGCGACUUCAGCUAUGACAACCUGUGGGAAGCCGAGGCGAAGGAGCCGGGCACCCCGCACGCCUCCCCGGCUCCCGGCCAGCAGUUUUACCAGGCCUGAGGGAAGGCCUCCAGAGCCAGGCACAGAAAAGCCCCCGGGCUCUUUUCUUACUGGGCUUCCCUCCAGGGUGAGGAGCCUGGGGCGUACAAAGCAAAGGGAAGGGCCCUGCUCUGCAAAAGGCUGGCUCUCAUGUCCUGGCAGGUCCAGAGUUCAAACUUCUCCCCUAAAUCUGAGGAUGGGAGUAAAGCACAAAAGUGACAGCCUCUGCGGAUCCGGAGGAGCAGCGUGUGUGCCGUGCCAAGGAGCACGCUCUGCGUCUGCCCUAGCUCAGGGAGCCCUGGCUAGGGAACAGCAUUGCCCCCCUGAAAAUAAAAGGAAGAACAAAAAGCUGGUCAGGCUCCCUCAGAUAAAAGGUGUUCAGAUGGAGCAGUCACUCAAAGGGGCCAAAGAAAAGGGCUGGGUUGUUUGGCUGGGUUAGUUUGAUCAUUUUCCUUUUUACCAGAGCCCUCAGGCUGGUCACUUUGAGGAUCCACUGAUCCCUGAGAACAGCUGUUAAGCCAAACCUUCCCCCCAUUGAGCUCUGAAGUCUGCAAAGAUGCAUGAGACAUGCCCCAUUGUGGUAUAUAAGGUUGGUAGCAAUAGCUGUGCUCAUAGGAUUGUCUUCCUGCAAGAUCAGAGUUACCUGACAGAGAUGGAGGAAAAAAUCCAGAUCUGGGCAGAACUUUAUGCAAAAAAUUCUUUCCUGCCAGUGCUGGCUCCAAACCAUGGUGGUGACCUGCAAUAUUAUGAGCCUGAUACCUCGGCAGAUGGAAUCAAGAAAUGUGCUUCCAGCAAAUAUGCCAAGUGGCUUGUGUUUACCAAGGUCUUCCCUGGAAAGGAUGCCCUAGAUUCCUCUUAGGGGACCGCGUCCUUUCCUCCCACCCCUCUGCACAUUUCUGGACUUGCACUAAAUGCUGCCUAUGAAUAUCUAAGCAGGAAGGGAAGGAAAAUUCACUGCAAGCCAAACUCCAGUACAGCCACAACACUCCAGUGAUCAGAGCAAUGCCAGUGUGGGCUGCAACCUCUCUCUUCCCCCCUCCAGAGCAGCAGCGAGACCAGGACACAAACAACAGGGGACAGAGUCUCAGUGCUAUCGUUUUCCAGCCUCUUAGGCCAGAUCCAGGUCAGCAGCAAAUCCAAAUGUUUUUACCUGGGGCUCUAAAUUCUUAACCUUUGUUCCCUAAAGAGGCUGCAAACCAAACAUAUUAACAAAAUCUCUAUUUUUGUUCUUUCACAAAACAGUCCAGGAGCUCUUUGUACUUGAAUAUCUAUGUAUUACAUUGUACUUUUUUUUUUUUUCUGAAGGUAUCCAACAAAGUUUACAUGCAAGGUUUGAGUGGAUUAUAUGUAUUUAACGUGUAAAUGUGACAAAGUUGAAGAUCUAUUUAAUUUUCUAGCUGUGGAUGGCGUUCAGUACUGUAGAAUGGGCAGCUGUCUGCACAUUUGUGUGUGUGUUGGUUUGGGUCUUCUAGCUGUUAUUGUUUUGUUUCAGGUUUACUUUCAUUUUGGGAAGAUUUGUAUCUAAUAACUUAACCCCAAAAGGAUCUAUUUAUUCAGAACAAAGUUGCACUAGGGAACAUCAGAAGCACAUAGUACGCUGGGAGGCAGCCAUGCUCAUGAGCUCCUAUGAACACAUUGACUUUGAAGAUGGUCACCAUGAUCUUUUUAAUUGGGUUUCAACAGUGAUAUCUGCAAUGUAUCAAAAGGGAAAAGCCCCUCCCUAUUGCUGUAAAAGUUCCCUGGUGGAUUUCUGUGAGACUGGACAAUUGCAAUACACAUUCUUCUGGAA